AUGCGGACCGGUUUUGUCCCGUUGGCAUACGGCUUAGGCAAACUGGGAUCGCCUCUCCUGGCCCUCGAUCUUACCAUGCCUGGCUCUUUGCUGUCGGUUCACAGCUUUGCGUGCUUUGGCAGCUUGCUGCUUGCCUCUGGCAUGACUCGAUCAGGUUUGCCUCCGCUGCUCCCUGAUUUUGGCAUCUGUGGUAGUUCUUCACCGCCUCGUACGUUCUGCCAAUCGGAGCCACCCUUGCCAGCGUACGGUAUGUCUUGUUUGAGCCUGUCGCCGCUCGUUCCGGACUCUGUUCAUCUCGGCUUGCCGUUCUCGUUGCGUAUGCUCAGUCAAUCCGAUCCUGUGCCUUUCGUGUAUGGUAUGAGCACAUUGGGCUUCUCACCCUUCGUACUUGACUCUAUGCACUCGGAAUCCCCAUCGUCCUUACGCUACCAUGCGCGGCCGGGAUUUCUGGUGCUUGCCUUCGGCUUGUGCCGCUUGGAAUUCUCACUUUCUGCGUCGGACUUCUGUCACUCGGGACUAUCCUUGCUUGUCCAAAGCCAUCUGUGCACUGGGUCAAUGCUACCUGUCUUUGGUCUGACGUGCCUCGGGCUUCCACUGCUUGUUCCGGACUUUGCAAACUCGGAGUCGGUGACGCCCUCGCAGGCUUUCGUUCGAUCUGAUCUUUCGAUGCCUGCGUCUGGAAUUUCUCGACCGGGCCUUUCGCCCUUGCUGCCGGACUGCAUCUCUUCAGGUGCUCCUCCGUUGCUGAGAGCCUCCGCAAGAACAGAUUCGAUGCCUUCAGCUUUCGGCGUGUCACGACCAGAGGACUCCCUGUCAGUGCCGGACCUUGUGAAGCUUGGGUCAGCACUGUCUGCGCGUGGCUCCACUUGCUCGGGCCUCAUACUGUUCGCAUAUGGUAUGUCUCAGCUGGAGCUUUUCCUGCUCGUCCCAGAUUCUGUGGCUCUGGACUUGAUGCUUUUCCCACAAAGCCUUUGCCGAAUCGGCUUGACAUCGCCGACCUUCGGGCUGACUAAACUCGAUGCCAGUCUGCUCGCCUUGGAUUUGUCGGGUUCAGGCGUUUUAUCGUUUAUGCAAAGCCCUGUCCAACCUGAAGCUUCCUUGCUUGUCUAUGGCUUAUGCAGGCCUGGUUUCUUCUUGCUGGCUUUGGACUUUGUUCACUUGGGAUCCAUGCCGCUACUGCAGGGCCUCGCUCGGCUUGGGCUGCUGCCGUCGCCGUAUGGGAUGGCUAGAGCUGGCCUCUCUCUCCCUUUGCUGGCUUUCGCCACUUUUGGAUCUCCUUCAUCCCUCCACAGCCUUGCGAGAUUCGGGCCUCCCCUUUCAGCCUUUGGCAUGUCCCGUCUUGAUUUCACCUCGCCGGCCCCGGACUCCAUCCACUUCGGAUCGAGCAUGCUCUUGAAGGGCUUUGCUUGGGUAGAACUUUCUAUUUCAGCCUAUGGUCUGACCUGCUCGGGCCCGAGCCUUUUGGCACCAGACUUCAUGCACCCGGGAUCUCUCACGCCCUUGCGCACGCAUCUUCGAACAGAUGCGUCCAUGCUGGCCUAUGGCAUGACCCAGCCAGGCUCGCCGCCUUUAGCCUUGGACCUUCUUGACCCUGGCCUACCGCUGCCUCUCCAGUCCUCCGUCUGCACCGGACUGACAUCAUUGCUGUUCGGCUUGUUGCGACUUGACUUCAGCACGUCGGUGCUGGACUACCUGUGCCUGGGAUUUAUGAUGCUUCCCCGAAGUUUCGCACAAACGGAGCUGGUGCUUUCAGCUUAUGGUAUCGUGUGUCCAGAAUCGCUGCUGCCGCUGCUGGAUUGUGCACACCUGGAGUCACCAAUACUGCCACAAGGCCCUGUCUGUUUCGGCCUCCCAAUGCUUGUCUCAGGCAUUUCUCGGCCCGAGCUGUCGCCACUUACUCCAGACCUUCUGAACCUGGGCUUCAGCCUAUCACUGAGGACUUUCUUCCGAAUUGGCUUCCUCACGUUUGCAUAUGGCUUGUCCAAGCUUGAAGCCUUCUUGCCGGCCAUGGACCUCCUGCAGCCCGAGCCAACCUUGCUCUCGCAGUCCUUCGCUAGGCCUGGUCUGCUUCUUUCUUCGUAUGGUGUGCAGUGCCUGGGUCCUUCACCCGCGUCGCCGGAUCACUCGUGUUUGGGAUCCAUGCUGCUGCUCCGGAGCUUCCUUCGUGUCGGCCCCGCUCCUCUUGCCUACGGCUGCACGUAUCCUGGAAGCCUGUCAUCGGCUUUGGACUACGCAAAUUCGGAGCCCGUCUCAUCCACGCAGGCUUCUUUCCGACUGGGCCUAGCGCCACCGGCUUAUGGGCUAACAUGUCCCGAGUUGCCGCCGUCUGUGCUGGACCAUGCGUCUGCUGGAUCUCCUUUAUUUGUGCGUGCGCUCAUCUGCACGGACUUGAUCCUACCUGCAUAUGGCUUUUGUCAGCUUGGGUCUCUGCUGCCGUUGUUAGACUUUGCUCACAUGGAGUCCUUGCCGUUGCCCCGCAGCCCUCUGUGUCCAGAGCCUCUGCCUUUGGCGUCAGGUGUCACAAGGCUGGGCCCUUUGCCAUCCGCGCCCGACUUCGUUCAGCUGGACCUGCCCCUCCCAUCGCCAGGUCCUCGGAGUUUCCCUCACAAGGAUGAAGGCCAUGCAGGUCUAGAAGCUGUCAUGGGCUUGCCACAUGCGGCACGCAGUGACUUAGUAGUGCCAGCCCGCAACUGUGACCCUGAGAAUCUGCUUCGUUCUGUGAUGCAGCUGCUCCAGCAAGUGUAA